ACCAAUCACCGCGCGCGGGUGUCCGCUUCGGCUUUUCGGCCCUUCGUCCCUUCGGUUCUUCGGCUUGUUGGCGUUCGCGGCUGUUUGGCCAUCCCGGGCCUUCAGCAGCGCCGCUAAAGCGCAGUGCUCGUUGGUGUAACUUUUUCUUUUCUUUUUUUUUUUUUUUUUUUUUAGCCACUUCCGGCUCCUGCGUCGCUCCGGAAGCCUGCUAGUUCCGGAAGCCUUGGUAAUCCAGAUUCUGCUAGGAAAAGACAAGCUUUCCAGAGAAUGUUUCAGAGAAAGUUACGUGGAGCGUGGGCGUUUCGCAGACUCCUAAGUGGUCUGGAACCUAACCUAGAGUGUCUCUGAGCUUCUGGCAAGUAUGAGGCAAGGGUUUCACAGAAGAACUUGGAGCAAAAAUUCCCACUGCCAUAGCUAUAGGCUGUCCAGUCUUGAGGGAGCUGCAGGAACGGGAAAAUGAGACCUUCAGAGAAGACAUGGCUUCCAGAAAAGAGAAUGCAAAGAGUGCAAACAGAGUGCUAAGAAUAAGCCAGUUGGAUGCGCUUGAACUAAACAAGGCCCUGGAGCAGCUAGUUUGGUCCCAGUUUACUCAGUGCUUUCAUGGAUUUAAACCUGGGCUAUUAGCUCGCUUUGAGCCAGAGGUGAAAGCGUGCUUAUGGCUUUUCUUGUGGAGAUUCACCAUCUACUCCAAAAAUGCCACAGUGGGACAGUCAGUUUUGAAUAUUCAGUACAAAAAUGAUUUUUCCCCUAACCUGAGAUAUCAGCCACCCAGUAAAAAUCAAAAAAUCUGGUAUGCUGUUUGUACAAUUGGUGGGAGGUGGUUAGAAGAACGAUGCUAUGAUUUGUUUCGAAACCAUCAUUUAGCAUCAUUUGGGAAAGUCAAGCAGUGUGUGAAUUUUGUGGUUGGACUUUUGAAAUUAGGUGGACUGAUUAAUUUUUUGAUUUUCCUUCAGAGGGGAAAGUUUGCAACUUUGACAGAACGUCUCCUAGGCAUUCAUUCUGUAUUUUGCAAGCCUCAAAACAUACGUGAAGUUGGCUUUGAAUACAUGAAUAGGGAACUUCUCUGGCAUGGUUUUGCUGAAUUUCUGAUUUUUCUCUUACCACUUAUCAGUGUCCAGAAGUUGAAAGCCAAGCUGUCUUCAUGGUGUAUCCCUCUUACUGGUGCACCUAAUAGUGACAAUACAUUAGCCACUAGUGGCAAAGAAUGCUCUCUUUGUGGAGAGUGGCCCACCAUGCCUCACACCAUAGGAUGUGAGCAUAUUUUCUGUUAUUUCUGUGCUAAGAGUAGUUUCUUAUUUGACAUGUACUUUACUUGUCCUAAGUGUGGCACAGAAGUGCACAGUCUGCAGCCACUGAAAUCAGGAAUUGAGAUGUCAGAAGUAAAUGCUCUUUAGAAACUAAAAUUGCUUCCUCUGAGGAAAAAAAUGCACCGUGUUUAAAUUCUGAAUGUUAGUCAUCCUAAGUAAACGAUUUAUGUAUCCUUUAUAAGGAAUGUGCUGCCUAGCCAUUGUCUUCUGCUCCUUUCCAGUCAUGACUAAAUUCUAAUCACUAGAAACCAUGUGAUUCUAAAUAUAUUAUGGAAAUGUUAUUUAAAUCAUUGCAUUCAAUUUUUAAUGUCAAGAAUAGUGGACAACUUUUGUCAGGUGACUACUAACAAUGCUCCUUCAUUUUACUACUUCUUAAAACGAGGUUGGAUUCUAAAGAUAAAGAUUUUGGAGACUCUGGGAUGAGUGUGCAUUUAUUUUCAGAGAUGACAUAAUAUGAUAAUGUGACAACUAUAAGACUGUUGUUUUAAACCUUAAGACCUGAUGCCUCAGUUCUCAGUUGUAAUUUUUUUUUUUUUUUUUUUUGAGACGGUGUCGCGCUCUAUCACCCAGGCUGGAGUGCAGUGGCGCAAUCUCUGCUCACUGCAACCUCCGCCUCCCAGGUUCAAGCAAUUCUUCUGCCUCAGCCUCCCGAGUAGCUGGGACUACAGGUGCGUGUCACGAUGCCCAGCUAAUUUUUGUGUUUUUAGUUUCACCGUGUUAGCCAGGAUGGUCUCGACUCCUGACUUUAUGGUCUAUCCACCUCGGCCUCCCAAAGUGUUGGGAUUACAGGCGUGAGCCAGUGCCCGGCCACCUCAGUUGUAAUGUUACGCUGUUCUCCGAAGCCAGUUUUUAAGAAGUUCAGUCCUCAGCUGUCUGACCCCUCCACAGUUGGCUUUAUAUUCAGAAAGCAAAAAUUACUUAAGGCAACUUGGAAGUGAGGCCUGGGAACAACUGGGGGCAACUAGUACGAACAGCACUAUUUACAGGUCUCUUUCUCUUGCCUUUGAUUCAGAGCUCUCAUUCUCAGUAAAUAUUGAUAGUUUUAUUGAAACAAAAGAGGCCUUUAGCAUGGUAAUAAUACAGCAGCGCAUAUCAAGAUAAUUCUGUAUCAUUCACUCCUUUUCUCUGCAUUUUUUAACUUAAAUUUAGACUCUUAAAAUUGUAUAGAAUUAUUAGGUUGAACAUUGAAUUAUUUCAAGUCUUAACUAGAAUUUUUUUAAAAAACAGGUUUUAAAUGUUUUUAAAUAAAUGUCUUGCUAGUAUGGUGGAAAUACACUGCCAGUUCAUUUUUCUCUUCAUCUUUCAUUGAAAAGCACUCAGGUGCCAGGUACUGACGUAGCCAUUGGAGGCACAACACUACAUUAAGCAGGAAAAAGAAAGUUACCUUCGUGGAGUUUACAUUCUGUGAUUGAAUGAACUGUAAGUUUGAUUUAGAUUCAAUUUAGUGUAAGAUACCGAAGAAGUUUUGUAGUUUGAGUUAAGAGUAUUUUACAUCUUAAGAGUUUUCCUUCUUUUGCCUCCUGUAAUUUUAAAACAUUAUUGUAGAAAACAUCAACAAUUCAGGAAAAAAUAUAAAAUCAACUCUCCCACAAUUUUUUGAGAGAGAUCAUCACUAUAUUUUGCUAUAUUUGUAGAUUUGUUGCACAUACAUUUCUUAUCUACAAAAUUAUUACAAUGAAUAUGCAAUUUUGUUAUUUUUGAAAAAUAGCAUUUUUUCGUAUGCAUAAAUAUUCUUCAAAAAUAUUUUAGGGCUGAACACAAUGGCUCAUGCCUGUAAUCUCAGGCUCCCUAUUUAGGGAGGCAGAGCCCAGGAGUUUGAGGUCGUUUCUAAAAAAAUAAAAAUAUAUACAAACGUCUUUUUUUUUUUUUCUUUGGUGAGAAAGGGCCUCACCCAGUCACCCAGGUUGGAGUGCAGUGGUGCAAUCAUGGCUAACUGCAGCCUUUCCCUCCUGGGCCUCAAGUGAUCCUCCCAUCUAAGCCUCCCAAGUUGCUGGGACCACAGGCCCAUGCCACCAUGCCUGGCUAAUUUUUUUUAGAGAUGAGGUCUCACUUUGUUGCCCAGGCUGGUCUUGAACUUCUGGGCUCAAGCAGUCCUGCUACCCUGGCCUCCCAAAGUUGUGGGAUUAUAGGCAUGAGCCACUGCACCCGGCCAUAAUAUAUUUUCGAAAGGCUAUGCAUAUGCCAUCGUAUUCCUAUUCCUAUUAUUAUUUAACCACCGUCAUAGAGUAUUUAGGUUCUUUUCACUUUCUGUUGUGAAUAAUGCAAUGAUGAAUCUGAGUUCAUUAAGUGAAGAGUCCAGCUGCACACUGCAGGCCCAGUCUGGAUGUAGGUGCUCAGAUGGUUCUCUUUGAGACAGGCUUUAGCCCUUGGCUCUCAUUUUUAUGAUGCGUCUACAUGGCAUGAGGGACACAGAUCCUGCUAGGAUUCAAAUCCCACUUGUGUAUAACCUAGGGCAAUGUGCCACAUCUCUGCACAUCUGUACAUUGUAAGGAUUACAUGUUUAGUGUAAAUAAAACUCUUAAAACAAUAUCUGACACAUACUAAAUAGGAUAUAAUAGUAGUGCUUUCCUUUGCUGUUGUCAGUAUUAUUCUGAGUCAGUUUCAUUCUCACACAGAAUGAUGGCCGCUAGAAACUCAAGGCUUAUAUUCUGCUAGUUUUCUGAUCCCACUGGCAUGAGAUACUCUUGCCUAAUAGUUCCCGCUAAAGUCCAGGAGCUCACUGUUACUGGUCUGCCUUGGAUUAUGUGCACAUUCCUGAACCAACCACCAUAGCUAGGGGAUGGAAAAUACUGUUCCUGGUUACUUAAAUGUAGGUGACACUCCUCCCAUAUACCACAUGAACCUAAAGGAGUCCUGGAGGAGGCUGUUCACCACAGGAAACUGAGGUGUUCUUAGAAGAGUGGAUGCUGGCGGAUAGAUCUCUACUAGUUAAGAGUCUACAUUUGCCUUACUCAUUUCAAAAGUCUACAUGCAGUCUCAUUUUACCAGUGAUCUAGUUUGAUAAGGACAUUCAUAAGUAACUGGAUGAUUCCUCAACAUUGCAGAUUUGAAAGGAUUAAAUAAAGUCAACAAAAUUUUGUUAUAUCAACAAUUUUGUUAUAUUAUUUUGAUAGAGUAACUUCUAAGUGGUUGUUAUCCAUAUUGUCAAAAUCUUAACAUGAAAACAGUACUUCACAUAUAUGCUAGCUGAUAGACUUGUGAGUAUUAGGGGGGCGGUAUUUUUUUCCAUAGACCCUAAUGACACUUAGUGAAAAUAGAUUUUUAUUAUUUUUCAUUUUUAUUUAACAUCUGCUACCUCUAGUAGGUGAUAAUCCCCGUGAGUUCAGAGACCAUGACUGUUUUGUUCAUCACUAGAUAGCCAGAGCCUUUUAGUUCUAGUGUAGCAAUAGAAACGUUUUAUUAGCUGAAUAAACCUAAGGUCACAGAUAGGGUUCUGCAGAAGCUGGCACUGAAAGCGGUUUGAAGUACAAGAGAUUUUUAUGUAUAACUCUCAGGGAUGCAUGCCUGUGAAGGGAAAGAGCAAAGAAGCAGGAAUAGGCAGAAGAAAUGGGAGUGCUCUAAAGCAGGCCUGAAAAGAGUUGGCCAACCCAGAGGGGAGCUCUGAGCUAGUGUCAUCUGUCAGAAUGUUUAAAUUAGGCCAAAGUAAAUAGGCCUUUUUACCUACACUUCUAUCAGUCACUGGGUGUGGGCAGCUCUGGGAAGGUUGUGAUCUCAAGCAUGGCAGCUCUGUCGCGGAAGCAUAUCCAGCAGCUGGAGGCAGUCCACUGACCACACUCCAUAGCUGGGCACUAUGUCCAUCCUUGCAGAAGGAGCUGGGUGGCAUAUCUUGGUGUGUACCACAUCUAAUACUGUCCAUUUUUUCCUUUAUAGUUUCCUUUUUUUUUUUUUUUCUUGCAUAUAGUACGCUUAACAAACAACACACUAAUGCCAGGUAGUGUUCAGUUUAUAAACAAUAGAUUUAUGACUGGCUGACACACCCAGGUGUCUCUUGAGUAUCUCUGCCCCACUGCAGAUACCAGACUUCCUGGCCAAGUUGCUAUGUCAGCCCCCAGGAACUCUAUUCAGUCUCUGCCUCUUUGGACACUGCCAGAAGAGUUGCUCUACCUCUGGUGCAACUGUUUCUACUCCCCAGCAGCCUCCAGGCUCAAGCUUUAGGAAAACUGGGUGGGAUUUAGCAACAUGAUAUGUUUCCAUGUUAGCCUCAAGUAGGUAACCAUCGGUUACAAAUGUUCUUCCUUGGGAAAAUAAAAACAUUUACGCUUAACAUUUUUGUUUUCUCUCCCAUGCGCUUGCUCUCAAAUCAAGCUUGCUACUUUUGUAUUUAAAGUACCCAAGCGACUUCAGUGAUCAUAUCUAAAUUACUCAGAUAUCCAUCAGAGCUCACAUAAGGUAUGUCCUACUACUUUGCUCUCAGCUCCCCUGCUUUCAGUAUUUAGUGACUGGAUUUGGGACAAGUUUAUUUAACUUCUUUAAGAUUCAAUUUGUUCACCUAUGAAAUGGACAUUCAGUGAUAUCUACCUCUUAGAAUUCUAAUGGGAAUUAAAUAAAGCAUUCUCU